CUGCUCGCGCAGAGAAAACAAACUGCGUGGUGCGCUGCGCUCUCGAAGCAUGCGGCUUCACGCGCGCGGACUCGCUUUCUUCGCUGCCGGAGGACAUUCAUCAGCAGUAAAGGUUGGUGUGUGAGUGCGUGACCAGCAUGUCAAAGAGCCCUCCUCACAGGCGUGGGAUCACGUUCGAGGUGGGAGCGCAGCUGGAGGCCAGGGACACUCUGAAGAACUGGUAUGCAGCUUGCAUUGAGAAGAUCGACUAUGAAGACGAGAAGGUUUUGAUUCACUACAGGCAGUGGAGUCACCGUUAUGAUGAGUGGUUUGACUGGAGCAGUCCGUACCUCAGGCCUGUAGAACGAAUCCAGCUUCGAAAACAAGGUCUCCCUGAACGGCAGAGCGCUCCAGGCUUUCAUGUCAACCAGAAAGUUCUUGCCAGCUGGUCAGACUGUCGGUACUACCCUGCUAAGAUCCUGUCCCGGGACAGAGAUGACUGCCAGAGGGUUACUGUAAAUGCAUGUGCCCGCUGUGCACCGUUUUCCUCAAGUUCUUGGCUUGUGUCUCUCACAGGAAUCGAUGUGGAAAAGUCCAGUGGUCCAGAACUGAGGAAGAGACGUGCAUCAACAGGACAGAUGCCACCGUCCAAAAGGAGCAGAGCCAAUUCAAGCACAGACAGAAACAGUCAAUCCCAAAUCAAACCGGUUACAUCAGACUCUGUCCCAGAGACUUUAGAAAGUAAAGAUGGCCCAACCAGUCAUGCAGAAAAUGCAGCACCCAAAGAGGAGGCAGGAUCCACACCUGAUCUUGCUGAAGCAGUCAAACAGCCGCAAACAAUCCACCUUCCAACCACAAACAAGUAUAGCAGAGAACCAUUGUACAGGGUCAUCAAAAACCAGCCGCCUCCUAUCCUGUCCAUUGAGCUGGACCACAACCCAUUCAAAUGCAAGAUCGUAGGCUGCCUCAAGUCUUUCCGCAAGGCGUCUCUGCUGCACUACCACAUGAAGUACUAUCACGCACAGAGCGACCCAAGUCCCCCGAUCCAGACACGCUCCUCAGACAAACAGAUCCACAGCAAGGAGACCCCUCGCAGGCGCCGGACCGUCUCGGCUUCCCACCAUACUCCCUCUCCUCUGAGUGACAGUAAGUCAGGUCACACUCUGUCACCCCCUGCUGUCGUCAUGCACCGGCAGCGCUCGGCCACGCUGGGCGCAGAGAGGAGCAAAGAGAACCAACACUUCAACCGCUCGCUGCAUGACGACAGAGACUGGGUUGCCAAGGAAACAGGAGUGAAAGAACGGGAGAGGCUGAGGGAGAAGCGGCAGAGGGAUUUCUUCCGCAUUAAACUAAAGAAAAAGAAGAAGAAGAAAAGGAAGUCGAAGUCAGACUGUUACAGCACUGAGGAGAGAAUUGGCCUAAAGCCUCUCCCCUGCAAUCUGAAUUCGGCCCACAAAUUGCCCCUCUCCCUCACACACCGAUCCUACACGGGACACUGCCCUGAAAAGAUGCUCAGCCAGGGUGAAGACAGCAGCAGUGAUUUGUCCUCAGACAGUCUUGUAUGGAGUGAGGACGAGUCUGACGCUGAGCUGGAUCUGAGCAUGCCUCUCUCAGAGCAGGGUGUGGAAACGGUCACUCACGGCUCUGAGAUCGUACGCUGUAUUUGUGAAGUGCAGGAGGAGAACGACUUCAUGAUACAGUGUGAUGAGUGUUUGUGCUGGCAGCAUGGGACGUGUAUGGGACUGUAUGAGGACAGUGUGCCAGACAGCUACAGCUGCUACAUCUGCAGAGACCCACCAGCCCAGAGGCAGAGUCAAAGGUACUGGUAUGAUAAAGACUGGCUGAGCAGCGGUCACAUGGAUGGCUUGUCUUUCCUGGAGGAGAACUACUCCCACCAGAACAGUAAGAAAGUGGUAGCUGCCCAUCAGCUCCUGGGGGAUGUCCACCGUGUGUUUGAAGUCCUGAACGGCCUUCAGCUCAAAAUGAGCAUCCUACAGACACAAGCCCAUCCAGACCUGAAGUUCUGGCGGCAGCCCUGGAAACCUGCAGACAGCCCACGGAGGAAGAUGGCAGGUGACUCGGGCAUAGCUACUCCCUUCCCCUCCUCACCCCCUGAAAUGGGAGCGAAUGAGUUUGAGACAUUGAAAAGUGAAGUCCCAUCACCUGUGGAGACGCAUUGCUCUUUCCAGGACUCGUACAUUAGCAGCGAGCACUGCUACCAGAAGCCCCGUACGUACUACCCAGCGGUGGAGAGAAGACUUGUGGUGGAGACGCGGUGUGGUUCUGAGCUAGAGGAUAGUCUUAGGAGCACAGAGAACCUACUAGAGAUGGCCGAGCAGAGGUACGGCACACCGCUGGACCACGACCAGCACAAGCUUCAACUGGCCGACCGCUCCUUUAGUAAGGAGCUGGAGUGCCGUAUGAAACAACUGGUUUCCGCAGAGCAGGAAAACAGUUGUGUGGUAGAAAUCAAGGAAGAGGAGCCUGACCCUGUAACCCUUGACCCAAAGCCUGACCCUGACCUUGUGCUGCACCAGCAGUGGCAGCUGAACCUGCUGGAGCACAUUGAAGCAGUGCAGGACGAGGUGACGCACAGAAUGGACCUUAUUGAGCGAGAACUAGACGUGCUGGAGAGUUGGCUAGACUACACAGGUGAGCUGGAACCUCCAGAUCCACUGGCGCGCCUCCCUCAGCUGAAACAUCGCAUCAGACAGCUCCUGACUGACCUGGGAACAGUCCAGCAAAUCGCACUCUGCUCCUCAUCCUCUUGAGGGCGCCAGGGAACAUACAAAUGGCUCACACUCAAUUGAAUGCACACAGAGUCCCUUAAAGUCGGGAUUAGAAACUGCAGAAAUGCUUACGUGUGCCUGUUUUGUGAGAGGAAACCCUUAAAUGAUUCAAGCUAACGUUGAUGUGACAGUUUCUGUGGCACAUGCAUGUUGGAGUGAUGGGUGUGGUCAGCAGUUUAAAAGUAGUCACCGGUUAGAAAAGACUGAUGAAAAUUGAGGCUAACAAUACCUGAUGCAAACAAAAGUUUUUAUAUAGUUUUUUUUUGUGGAAUAUAUAAUGCUUCACAGUAGCACUUAGCUGUGCCUAUAAUAGACUUAGGAGGUAUUUUGUUAUUGUUUUAUUAUGUAAUUUUCUCUGUAUUCUUCUCGUGCUAAAUAAUUAUUUUAUGUUAAUUCAUAAGUGAUCAUUUUGGACUCUCUUGGCACGUCUUUGCUCUGGGUGGAGAUCUUAAGGACCCAAAUGGCGUUUUGCUGUGGUUAAAGAAAAAAAUGUUAAAUACGAGUAUAACAAUAUGAAAAUAUAUUUUAAUCUGAAAGUAUGUGCAUUUUACUUCUAUAUUUGUACUAAAAAGGCAUGUAAUCUUGUAAAUAACCCAACCAAUUGCUUAAAUUCACGUUCUUUUUUAUUUCUGAUCUAAACUGUUGCAUUUACAGUAAAGACUUUCUGUGAACUUGAUCUGUUGUGAAUACUGUAGUUGUAGGCUUUCUGCCGAUAACCCUCUCAUUUUUGACACCGCUGAUGUUGCUUGCAUUUCAAAUCAGUGAACUUUGUUUCCACUGGUUAAACAACAUUAAACAAGCACAGAAUAUUCUCUUGCAUACUGAAUUUUUGUAUGCAUAUUUCUUCCCCCCCACCUGAUGCUGUGUUCUAUUAAUUUUUCUGUUGCUUUCAAGUCUACAAGAUUGUUUUUGAUUAAGACGUUAGAUGCCUUUAAGUUAUUGUAAUUGUGAAUUUAAGUUAUUGAUUCUGCCGCCUUUUUACAUCUGUCUGUUGGUUUUCUUUUAUACAGUGCGGGUCUGGGUAUUGUAUGGUCAGAAAGAGAACGAGAGGAAAAGCUGGGAUCUUUUUAGUGUUCUCACCCUGUGGUGUUAGCUUUGUGUUUGUUUGUUUUCCCCUAGACUAUUACUGUUAAACAAGUAAACUGUGCCUGAUAUAUUAUUUCAGGCCAAUCUGAGUGUCAUUCACCCUCAAAUACGCAAACUACAUUUGUUAUAAGUCUGUGUAUUUAUAAAAUCCUGCUGAAAGGUGUUUGGAGGGUUUGUGUUUUGUUCUCAGCUUGCUCUGUACAGCUAGUGAGUGACUGACAGCCCAUUGAUUGUUUCUCAGUAUUGUGUA